AUGCAGCACGUGGAGGAGCUGUGCAAGGCGGCCACCGAGGAGGUGGGGCAGGACAAGGCCAUCCGCAUCGCCAACUACCUCUGCAACGGCAACUACGCCGUGUCGGGCAGCAUCGAGGGCUGCGAAGCUGUGGAGAAGCUGGGCAAGAGCUUCAAGGCCCGCAUGACGGUGCGCCUGUCGGUGGCGGGCGCGUUCCACACCAGCUACAUGGCGCCGGCUGCCGAGAAGCUGCAGGCCGCCCUGGCCGCCACAAACAUUGUGGAGCCCCGCAUCCCCGUGAUCUCCAACGUGGACGCCCAGCCCCACUCUGACCCGGCCACCAUCAAGGCCAUCCUUGCGCAGCAGCUGACGUCACCGGUGCAGUGGGAGACCACGGUCAAGACGCUGCUGGAGAAGGGCCUGCAGAACAGCUACGAGGUCGGCCCCGGCGCCGUCAUCGCGGGCAUCUUCAAGCGCAUCGACAAGACCGCCCAGAUCACCAACGUCAAGGCCUGA